UGAAUGUUUGGAGUUAUUCAGGUCGGUGUGUCGACCCACAUACGGCCGGUAUUCAGUUCAGGUACAUACUUGUCGACGAUUCACGAACCAUGGAGGGACUUUUGGACACUUUCGUAGACGGGUCACCCAAAAUUGCAUAUGCAGUCGGAGGUGUUGUAGUAGCUGCUGCAUCGGUCGUCGUCAUCAGGAAGCUCUUGUUAAAGCAGAAGGCGAAGGAGAAUCCCCGAGAUACGGUGAUCCUUCAUCAGAUCGGUAGAGGUCCUUACGCCCCCAGCUUGACGCCGUUUGCUGUGAAGCUGGAAACCUACCUCCGGAUGGCCAGGAUACCCUACCAGAACGUCCACGGGCUGAAAGUGUCAUCUAAGGGCAAGGUCCCCUGGAUUGAGUAUAAUGGGAAGGCUGUGGCGGAUUCGACAUUAUGUAUUGACUUCCUGAACAUCUGUACUGGUUCCUUGCUCUAUUCCGCUACCAAUAUGACAACGACAAAACCUUUAUUAAGCAAACGUCGAAGAUAGGAUGGAUUGUUGUACCGAUUAUCAAGUAUAUGGUUGCAAAAUCAACAUGGUAUCAAGGUUUGGGUCGCCACACAGAAGAGGAAGUGACACAGAUGUUUAAGAAGGAGCUACAUGCUCUUUCUGACUUCAUGGGUAAAUCAAGCCCACAGGGGCGUGUCACGCUUAGAAACAGCGUUAGAAAGACAUAUAGGUAUAUAGACC